AUGAGCGACCAAAGAAAGUUCGGAAUCGACAGAGAAAUUGCCGCAAAGCUUGCCUCCAAGUACGAUGUUGGUCGAGAAGUAGAGGCACGGCAAUGGAUUGAGACUGUUGUUGGCGAGCCCUUCCCAUAUGAAGGGUUCCAGCAGUCGCUCAAGGACGGAGUCAUCCUCUGCAAGUGA